GCGGCGGCGACCCGGCAGUUACCCGCCCGCCAGUCCGCCAGCCAGAGCUGGUCGGUUCGGUUGACGCCGCCGGGAGGUCCAGUCCGUCCGUUUCUGCUAGGGCUGCCGCUGCCGGACCAGCCAUGGACGAUACCGUGUUCCAGCUGAAGUUCACGGCAAAGCAGCUGGAGAAGCUGUCCAAGAAGGCGGAGAAGGACUCCAAGGCGGAGCAGGCCAAGGUGAAGAAGGCCCUUCAGCAGAAGAACGUGGAGUGUGCGCGGGUGUACGCCGAGAACGCCAUUCGCAAGAGGAACGAAGGCGUGAACUGGCUCCGCAUGGCGUCCCGCGUGGAUGCCGUGGCCUCCAAGGUGCAGACGGCCGUGACCAUGAAGGGGGUGACCAAGAACAUGGCGCAGGUGACCAAAGCCCUGGACCGGGCCCUCAGCACCAUGGACCUGCAGAAGGUGUCUGCGGUGAUGGACAGAUGUGAGCAGCAGGUGCAGAACCUGGACGUGCACACGUCGGUGAUGGAGGACUCCAUGAGCUCGGCCACCACGCUGACCACACCACAGGAGCAGGUGGACAGCCUCAUCAUGCAGAUCGCCGAGGAGAAUGGCCUAGAGGUCCUGGACCAGCUCAGCCAGCUGCCCGAGGGCGCCUCUGCCGUGGGCGAGAGCUCCGUGCGCAGCCAGGAGGACCAGCUGUCUCGGAGGCUGGCCGCGCUGAGGAAUUAGUGGAGCCCAGCGGCAGCACGCUUCAUCCUGGCCUCAUGGGGGAAGGGCUGGGAAGGCCGCCUCUGCCCCCUCCCCACUGCCCCCUCCCCCACUCACCUGCCAGGCCUGCGACUCUGCCUCUUCUCUGAGCACGGUGUGGGUCUGUGUCCAGCUGGGCAAGUUUGCACAAACUUCUGACUUCUGUGGGUAAUUUCUGUGACUCCGGGCCACCAGCUGGGCGAUCUGAAGGCUCCCCUCCAUCCACCACCACUGAGAAACCCCCAGGGACUGGCUGGUGGCUGCCACGUGGAUAUGGGGGCUUUCAGACUCCAUGUGAUGGCACAUGUGCUGGGACUGGUCAGCCAGUGGGGGUCAGGGCUGCAGGCUGUUGCGAGGCCCCCCUGGAGGCCCCCCCACUCCAUUUAGAACCUGGUCCUGCCAGCUGGAUGGGCCCCGCUCGGGCUCCCCAGUGUAAGGCGCCUAGCUCCCAGUCCAGCGGCCCCCUGGGGCUCCGCACCCUCACCCCCCUGCGCCUCUGGAGGGCUCGGGCCCUGCGGGGUCUCCUCUAGGAAGCCAGAGUCUACGCUGAGGCCCCUCCCAGCCAAGGAGCAGGCGCCUCCCCCUCCUGGGUGGGAUACCUUUCUCCUGUCACUAUAAAUGAUGGGGUGCCUCUCCCAUCUGGUUCUUGCUGCCUUGUGGGCUCACGCUGUUGACCUUGAAGCUGGAGCGGCUGAUGGGAGAGCCGCCCUCGGUGGGGCCAGCAGUGGCAGUGCUUCUGACAACGUGCUGAGCUGGCCUGAGGGGAGCUUCAGACAGGCUGCACUUUUCUGUUUUCUCCAAUACCUGAAGUUUACUUCGUUUUCCUGAAGCUUCCAGGGAUUUUUUUUUUU